UGCUCUCCUCUCAUGGAAGAGGACAUGUACCUAGACCUCUUUCUGGAGCCAUAUGCCAUCCAGGAUGAUUUUCCUCCAGCUAUGUCUCAGCUGUUCAGCCCAGGAGCGCCUCUAGAUGUGCACCCACUUAUUCCAUCCAGGCCAGAGACUGUGUUUAAUUCACAUGUUGGUGGAGUGAAAAAAACACCCAGUGACUUUUCAUCUGUGGAUCUAAGCUUCUUAUCAGAUGAACUUACCCAAGAAAAUAAAGUCCGAGCUGUCAUUGGAAACAAGCAUGAAACCAAAGAAUGUUGUAAAACUCAAGGUUGGCAAAGUAAGCUGCAGGUGCCCAGUGAACAGGGCGAUGGGCUGAGCUUGAAUAACAGCAGUUCACCAGAUACCCAGUCACAUCUGUGCUCUGAUGGUACUGACUCCAAACAGCCCUCUGCAAAAACACUAAACUCCAAUGUCUUAUCUAUGGCAUCCAUAGUGUCCAUGGCACCAAUGAACCCUGUGCCAGAAUGUUAUGGAAUUAUGCCUCAAUUACAGAAUGUAGUUUCCACUGCAAAUCUGGCAUGUAGAUUGGACCUGAGAAAAAUAGCUCUGAAUGCCAAAAACACAGAAUAUAACCCAAAGAGGUUUGCUGCAGUCAUAAUGAGAAUCCGAGAGCCAAGGACAACAGCCCUCAUAUUUAGCUCUGGGAAACUGGUCUGUACAGGAGCCAAAAGUGAAGAGGAGUCUCGACUAGCAGCAAGAAAGUAUGCUCGUGUGGUGCAGAAGCUUGGGUUCCCUGCCAGAUUUCUCAAUUUUAAAAUUCAGAACAUGGUUGGAAGCUGCGAUGUGAAAUUUCCCAUCAGGCUGGAGAUUUUGGCACUAACCCACCAGCAGUUCAGUAGCUAUGAACCUGAGCUGUUCCCUGGCCUUAUUUAUAAGAUGGUAAAACCACAGGUUGUGUUGCUCAUUUUUACAUCUGGAAAAGUUGUGUUGACAGGUGCCAAAGAGCGUUCUGCAAUUUAUGAAGCAUUUGAAAACAUGUAUCCUAUUCUAGAGAGUGUUAAGAAAUUCUGA